UUCACAAAAUAACCAUUUAAAUGUAACCAUUACUGUAACCUUUGUAUUUCAUCAAGUAGGCCUAGUAGGAUGUUAACAUUAGGUUGUGACACUGUUGCAGUUUUGCCAUGCAGAACACGUUCCGACCGUGGCAGUGAAAAUGGAAUGCUAGGCACAGCACAAAUGCUGCUUCGGGCUGACCACAGUGAUAAAUUUAGUGGGAAAAAUGCUCAUGUUUAUGGAGCAUCUACUUCAAAUCAAGUUGUGGAGAGAUGGUGGCGGGACUACCGAGAGGGUAGUGGUGAAUAUUUCCGCGACUGUUUUAAGAUGCUGAAAGAGAAGGGACAUUAUGACCCAUGUGACAACACCGACAGGCGAGUUUUUAAGACGGCUAGCUUGUGAGAGUAUUGGUACUAAAUUCUGUACUGUACUUUGCUACAUUAACUUGCACACUCAUUUCUUGCCUCUUGUCCUACGCUAUCUCACAUCAUCUAUGCAAGCCAAUACCAUGUCAAUUAAAUGGCGCCUCCCUUUACUGUUAUGCGUAGUGACGACAAUUUAAUCCGUUCUGGAACAAGAUUUAUCAUCCUACAAAAUGUAGAGCACAGAGCAGUAAACCAAAACAUUUCAAUUCGUUUCCAAUUUAUAGACCUAUAUUGUGGACUAAUAGCUCUCACUUACAAAACAAAGCAGAAAUAAUUGAACUGUACAAAAUCUUUUUCUUGACCUAGGUGUUGUUUGGCAUUUUGUUUUUUUGCCAGUAAUCCAGCACAGCCUCGACCAAUUUAAACGGUACUGGAAUACACACCGAAUACGUUUACAAAAAGACAAAGCUAGACCGAGUGGGAAUUCCUGAUGUCUUGUAUCAAUUUUCCAGAGAAUACGUUAGGAUUUUUUGGAGGAAAAUACGUACACUACAAUUUAAUACAUAACAAAUAUAAUAUAUAUAUAUAUAUAUACUGGCAAUGACAAAAUGCAAAAUGCCUUGCUUUAAUAACAAAUAUUAGUAUAAAUAUAAUAACAAGAAUACCAGGGUGUAAAUUACAUGGUUGCUAAAUUGCCAAACAAAUGCAUGUUAAAGGACGAGAUAUUGCAUUAACAUUAGGCUAGUAUUUUAUGCAAAAAAAAGCAGUUUAAGUUACAGUACAAAUCAUUAGGUGAAACGCAACUAUUAUAUAAUGAUGCAUUAACUGACAAUGAAUUGUAAGACCCUAAUAGAUUUCCAAAUUUUACGUCAUGUGACAAAUUUGAUAUAAUAUAACAAUAACAUGAUUUUGGAGGGCGUUUACACUUUAUUAUUGACCCGACACUCGUUGGCAGAUUGUCUAUGGAGGGCUGUUAUCAUUAAUGAAGUGUAUUCUGAUUGCUGGACUGGCUUCAA